UGCUAACCCCCAUCUUGACCCUCUCUCAUGACCAGCUGCAGAAAGGAGAGAAGAUCCCUUGGCUCCAAAAUGACAUCCAGAGAAGCGAGGACAAGCCUCAAGAAUGCCUACUCACCUGCCAAGAGGCUGUCACCGAAGGUGGAGGAGGAGAGGGAGGAGGAGGACUACUGUACUCCUGGGGCCUUCGAGCUAGAGCGGCUGUUCUGGAAGGGCAGUCCCCAGUACACCCACGUCAAUGAGGUCUGGCCCAAGCUCUACAUUGGAGACGAGGCGACGGCGCUGGACCGCUACAGGCUGCAAAAGGCGGGCUUCACGCACGUGCUGAACGCGGCGCACGGCCGCUGGAACGUGGACACCGGACCCGACUACUACCGCGACGUGGACAUCGAGUACCACGGCGUCGAGGCCGACGACCUACCCACCUUCGACCUCAGCGUCUUCUUCUCCUCGGCAGCCGCCUUCAUCCACAGCGCGCUGCGCGACGACCACCAUAAGAUCCUGGUUCACUGUGUCAUGGGCCGCAGCAGGUCGGCGACGCUGGUCCUGGCCUACCUGAUGAUCCACAGAAACAUGACCCUGGUGGACGCCAUCCAACAAGUGGCCAAGCACCGCUGUGUCCUACCCAACCGGGGCUUUCUGAAGCAGCUCCGAGAGCUGGACAAGCAGCUGGUGCAGCAGAGGCGACAGGCCCAGCGCCCGGCUGGUGAGGAGCACGCUGACAAGGCGCUGUAGGGCCCUCCUCUCGGGUGAGCAGAGACACUUGGGAAC